UCAGCAGUUCUGAGCUCUCUCCUGGGCUCUGAGACCACGCUUGACGUUGUUUCUCCCACACCUCUCCUCCUGUCAGCUCUGCGGCUCCAGAUAUCCCCCGAGUCCUACUGAAAGAGAAGAAAGGAUCUGAGCCCUAUAGAGGAGAGCAGCCAUGGCUGGUAGAUCCUAUCGUUUCUCUGCUCUAUCAUCUGAUCCUUCAGAAGAUGAAGAGGAAACAGAAGGAAAUUAUGGAGCACUUCCAGUUACACCUGGUCAAUUCAGCAUUGUUGAAGAGAACAUCUGCCCCCAGCCCAGCUCAGCAAGGAAAGAAACCAAGGAGAAACUCCAAAAUCAGAAGACAGAAGAAGAGCCCAGCCCAGCACAUUCCUGGAAAAAUGAGGAUUUGAAACAAAAAUUCACCCAACUAUUACUUCUAGAAAAACCUUACCUCAGAAGCCAGGAACUCCUCUGCAAGGAAAGCUGGUUUCAGGAUGAAGUGAAGGAACCAGGACAUUUGAUUGACAUUGGAGAUUUAUUUGGCCCAGGACCAGGUCCCCAGGAAGAACCUCAAACAGUCGUACUGCACGGGCCUGCUGGAAUUGGGAAGUCCACUCUGGCCAGGCAGGUGAAGGGAGCCUGGGAGGAAGGGCGUUUGUACAAGGAUCACUUCCAGCACAUCGUCUUCAUCAGCUGCAGGGAGCUGGACCAACACAAGGUGCUGAGUCUGGAAGAGGUCAUCAUGAAAGACUUGUCUAUCCACCACAAGGAGACUAUCGCUAGGCCAAAGCAGCUGCUCUUCAUCUUAGAUGAUGUGGAUGAACUACAAUUGGUUGUAGAGGAGAUGGAAUCAUAUCUUUGUGUGCAUUGGAGCCAGCCUCAGUUGGUAUACACACUGGUGUGCAGUCUGCUGGGGAGAAGCAUACUUCCAGAGGCUUCAUUGCUCAUCACAGCUCAGACCACAGCUCUACAGGACCUCAUCCCUUUCUUAAAGCGACCACGUCUGGUGGAAGUCCUGGGAUUCUCUGAGUCCAGCAGGAAGGAAUAUUUCAACAAGUACUUCUCCGAGGAGAGCCAGGCACUCAAGGCCUUGAGCUUGGUUGAAUGGAACCCAAUGCUGUGGACUCUGUGUCUGGUGCCCUGGGUGUCCUGGAUGGUCUGCGCAUGCCUGAAGCAGCAGAUGGAGCAGGGGGAGCAGCGCCCACUCACCCCCCAGACCACUACGGCCCUCUGUCUGCACUUCCUUGCCCAGGCUCUCCCAGCGCAGACCCUGGGGACCCAGCUCAGGAGGAUCUGCUCACUGGCUGCUGAGGGCAUCCGAGAAAGCAAGACUCUGUUCAGUAUGGAUGACCUCAGCAGGUGUGGCUUAGAUAGCACCAUAAUUAUCACUUUCUCAGAGAUCAAUGUUGUUCAGAAACAUGACCAGCCUCAGCGCUACAGCUUCGUUCAUUCUUGCUUCCAGGCAUUCUUUGCAGCAAUGUCCUUUGUCUUGGUGUACGAAGAGAAGAGCAGGGACUCUCCCGGACAUGUCGCAGAGAUGAUAAGGUCAAUACAAGAUUACAGAAGUCAUCUGUUGAUGCCACCAACCAUAAGCUUCCUAUUUGGUCUUUUGAGUGAACCAGCGGUAGACAUGCUGGAGAUGAUCUUCACCUGCAAGCUGCGUCGAUUGAGUUCAUGGGACGUGUGGGAUUGGAUCCAGUUUGAGGCCCCUCUACAGCAGCCAUAUUCUGUGGAGAUGUUCCACUUUCUCUACGAGUCUCAGAAUGAGCGUCUCCUAUCGUCUGCACUGGGACGUAUUAAAGGAACAAGGAUGAAUAUCCAGACGGAUGUGGAGCUCCUGGUGGUCACUUUCUGCCUUAAGUUCUGCAGACAAGUGAAGAGGCUUCAGCUGAGUGAGGGUGGCCAGCAGGGAGGAGCACAGAGGUCCUCUGGGGUAGUUCUGUCCACACGAGCCCCCCUCACUGACACAUCGUGGAAGGUUUUCUUCUCCACUCUCAAGGGCAGUGAGAAUUUGAGGGAGCUAAACCUAAGUGGGAACCUACUGAGUUACUCUGCAGUGCAGAGUCUUUGUGAGAUGCUGAGACAUCCACGAUGCCACCUGGAGACCUUGAGGCUGGCCCACUGUGGCCUCACCCCCAGCUGCUGCCAAGACCUGGCCUCUGUGCUCAGCACUUGCUCCAGCCUGAAGAAUCUCGACCUGCGGCAGAACAACCUGGGUGACCAUGGCAUGAUGCUGCUCUGCGAGGGGCUCAAGCAGCCUUUCUCUCACCUCUUGUUCCUGUGCUUGGACCUGGACCUUCUGAGUGACCUGGUGAAGGAGGAGCUGAACUCCCUGGAGCAAGAAAAAUGUGAGCUAAUCAUCUCCAGCAGAUGGAAGCCAAGUGUGAUGAGCUCUACUGAAGGCCAAGAUGGAGGAGAGAUGAGUAAGAGCAUCACCUCACUCAAGUGGCAGAGACAAUCUCCAGAAGAAAAAGCUGUGCAGACAGAACUUUUCCAUCAGCCUUCUCCUGUCUCUCUAGAUGACCUGAAAACAGAGCAUAUGGGGAAGAAAUUUGACUUCUGGGGCCCUGCAGGGCCUGUGGCCAUUGAAGAGGUUGGAAAGCACAGAAGCCUGUACCGCAUUUACUUCCCCGUGGCCGGCUUUUACCACUGUCCCAACAUGGGUCUGGGCUUUGUUGUGAGCAGGGCAGUGGCCAUCAACAUUGAAUUCUGUUCUUGGGACACGUUCCUGGAUGGGACUUCCCUGCAGCACACCUGGAUGGUAGCGGGGCCUCUGUUUGACAUCAGGGCUAAAAAGGGAGCUGUGGCUGCUGUGUAUCUCCCUCACUUUGUGGCCCUCCAAGGUGAGCAUGUGGACAUCUCCCAGUUCCAGGUGGCCCACUUUACAGAAGAGGGGAUGGUCCUGCAGAAGCCAGCCAGGGUGGAGCCGCACUGCGCAGUCCUUGAAAACCCCAGCUUCUCCCCAGUGGGAGUUCUGCUGAGGAUGAUCCCCAAGGCCCGGCGCUUCAUCCCCAUCACCUCCACCACGUUGCUCUACCACCAUCGCCAUCAUGAAGACGUCACCUUCCAUCUCUACCUGGUCCCCUAUGACUGCACCAUUCAUAAGGCCAUAGAUGAUAAAGAAGAAAAGUUCCAGUUCAUGCAAAUACACAAGGCCCCGAUGCAGAAUUCCCUUUACCUGGGCUCUCGCUAUACAGUGUCUGGUUCUGAGUCGCUGGAAAUCAUCCCCCAGGAGCUGAAAUUCUGCUACCGGAGCCCUGGAGAAUCUCAACUUUUCUCUGAGAUCUAUGUUGCCAACUUGGGUUCAGGAAUCAUGCUACAAAUGAGCGAUAAGAAAGAUGGGGCUCUCCUGUGGAAGGCCAAGGUGAGACCAGGAGACCUCAGCAGUGCAACCAAUGUGAUACCACAAGCUCCAGCAGAGGCUCCGGCCUUGCUGCACUUUGUGGAUAGGCAUCGGGAGCAGCUGGUGGCCCGGGUGACAUCUGUGGACCCUGUCUUGGAUCAUCUACAUGGACAGGUGCUGAGUGAGGAGCAGUAUGAGCAGGUGCGGGCUGAGGCCACCAGGCCUGAGCAGAUGCGGAAGCUGUUCAGCUUCAGUCGGUCCUGGGACCAGACCUGCAAAGACCAACUCUACCAAGCCCUGAAGGAGAUCCAUCCUCACCUAAUCAUGGAACUCUGGGAGAGGAGUUGAGACUCAGAGAGAGCCUGAAAGCUCAGCAUCUGAAAUCUCAGCACUCAUAUGUGUUAGCAUCCUCCCUCCAGGUCCUCAGCGACUCCCAUUAGCUCCCAGAUCCACCCAUACCUAAACUCCCUGCCCUAGAGCUAUAAUGGGCCACUCCCACUCACCAUUCAGACCUACCUACUUCCCCUUUAACGCCAGAGCUAUAUAAGUAAGCUACCACCUGGGUAAGGUGUGGAAACAAGCUAGCUGCCAUGUUGCUCCCUCUUUGGUGGGAGAUAUGGCCCCACUAA